AUGACGAUGCUUCUGUGGCUGUUGCUGUGGCUCACGCCAUUUGGCGCGACUGCCAAGUGCUAUAUCGAUCCGAACAACACCUUCCCGCGCCAGGGGAAGACCUUGCGGCUGUUGAAGCGCUCCUGGAUGACUCAUCAGUUGGUCACGGAGGUGGCCGCCAUUCUGCUGGAGGAGGCGCUGAACUACGACGUGGAGCUGGUCGAGGCCUCCACUGCGCCCAUCGAGGACCUCCAGCGCGUGGCCGCAGGUGAGUACGAUGCCAACUUCGAACUUUGGCCACAGGGCAAGAGCCGAGAGAUCCAUCGGUACGUGGAUUUGGGCGCUGCCCACAUGGCUGGGGGCCAUGAAGUCUUUGCACACAGUGGCAUCUUCACAAUGAAGUACACCGUGGAAAAGUGGCCGCAGGCCGCAUUUUAUCAGCACUUGCGGACGCCCACAGACUUCUAUGGGCCUUCGAGCCUCAUGGGCGAGGCCUUGGCGGAUCCCAAAGACCUUUGCCCCACAGCGGAGUGGAACUGCAGCAACUUCACCUGGACGCCACCAGCGUGUCGGAGUGGAACUGCCGCCUGUUCCGGACAGGUGCUGCAUGGCCCAGUGAGCUAUACUCAAGGGCAGAUCGAGCAGCAGAUUGCGAACAAUGACUUGGGUUUGCAGGUCGUGUACUUGACGCCCCAGUCCUUGGCCACGCACGUGUGGAACGCCUACGCGGAGCGAAGAGACCUCCUCUUCCAAGCCGACCAGCCCUCGGAAGGUUUCUUCGGCCUGUCGGAUGAGCACUUUGUCCCCGUGGCCUUUCCACCCGAGGGCAGCGGCUGUAACAAGUCGGAGAAUGCGUAUCCCACUGGUGGCUUGAGCUGCGAGCUAGGAGCCACUGCACUCUUGAAAGUGGUCUCCCCUUCGCUGUGGGAAAGCCCUGACGCGCGGCGCUUUGCCACCGUUUUCAGCCUCACUCGGGCUGACUAUGAUAGCUUGCUGACGACGACACGCCUCUACAGAGGCAACGCCAGUGCUGCUGCCUGCGCCUGGUUGCUUCAAAUCGGCCCCCAAAGGUGGAGCAAUUGGAUCAAUUUCUCGAAACGGAUUUACAUGGUGGAGAGCUUUCCGCCCGUCUCAGGAUGCUUUCCAGCCGUAUACGCAUUCUUGGGCCUGGCGAUCGUCUUCUUCGUCGUGUCCAAAGUCUUUUCCUAUGGCAUGCACCGGCGGCGGGAUCUCCAUGCGAAGAAGAAGGAGACGCAGCUGUCGAGUGACCUGGAACAGCUCAGGACGAAGAUGCAUUCCCGUGCAUGCAAGACCCAUGUGGACCUGACCUCAAAGCUGGUUGGCUGUUCCAAGCAAGAGUACGUGGCGGUGAAAUGGGCGCUGCUCAAGGGCAAGAUGAACUUCAUGAGUUUCUUCCGCGCAGAAGAGGAUUUCUGCACUCCGCUGGGACAAGCCCUGGCCCCGCCGGACGCCUCCUCCGCGCUGCGGCAGUUUUACCACAGCAAGAUGGAGGUCUUAGUCUACAUGUUCACCUCCGGCUUCGCCAAGACCUUGAUCAGCGCCUGGACCUACACCUGCGUGGCGGGCGCCGUGGGCGCCUUCCUGGCGGAGGUGCGCACCUUCGCUGCCAAGAACUCCCGGGUCGAUCCUUGGGUUCAAGCACAGGCGCCAUACCUGGACUUUUUGAGCAGUAUGGAGACGGUGUCGACCAUCGUUCAGGGCAUUGACUUUUUGCCGGUCUUUCUCAUCACCUACAUGAUAGGACAAGAUGUGAGCCGCUGGCAUGAGUGGCUACAAAAGAUGCUGCAAGUGCAGGGCCGUUUGCACGAUUUGGUUCUGAUUGUGAAUAGCUCCUACCGCAGGGUCAAUGAUCCCAGAUGUGGGCACGAGCAGCGGAAGGCCAUGUUUCGCUGGUACCGCUAUUUCAAUGCCAUCCACUAUUUGGCCUAUUUGAAUUUGGUCCCCAGCAUCGGCAGCAGCGCUGAGACGGCGCUGCAAGACUUGCAGACCGUGGGGCUCCUCACGCACACGGAGGCCGAGCGCCUGCGCUACUCUUCAGCCAAGGUGCGAGACACGCUCACCAGUUGGCUCGGACGGCUUUGGCACGAAGAACUGGAGGCGGAACGUGUGCAACGUGACGAGACAGAUGUCUUCAUGAGGAAAUUCUGCGACUUGAGGAGUAUUCUAGCAGGUCUCAAUGAUAUGCCUUGCAAAGCUCCACCGCAGAUCGUUCGCAUGAUGAUGCUGAUCAUCACGAAUACGCUCCUGCUCUUGGCGCUGUUGGGAUGCUCGACGAAAACAGCGGCUCCGCAGGGCCGCAGAGGCUAUCCCGCGAAGAUGUACAAGGACACGAAUGCCUGCAUUCAAUUCUGGCCGUUGAUGGCUUGCUAUCUCUACUUUAUUUGCUACAGAGGUAUGCUGCACGUGAUGUUUACCCUGGACAAGGGCCCCUUCUAUGCCAAGGGUGAAUGUGUGAAUGUGGAUGCUCUCUUGAUCAGUACCGAGCGCUUCGCGUAUCAUGUCUUCCGGAACUCCUUCGAGAAGCAAUGCGAGCUUCGGCCAGCUCCGACAUCCCCAUUGGGUGGGGGCAUAGCUUUGAUGAGUCCAAAGUGA